CACGCUGGAGAGACUGCGUUUCCGCCCGGGCGUAGGAGGAGCAGAGGCUGUGCUAGAGGGGCAGGGAGCAGAGCUGCCUUGGGCCAGGCCCCCCACUUCCCUCCUCCCUGCACCCCAGUAGGAGUUGGAAGUGGCAGCUCAAGGGAGAUGCUGUAGGGAGACGAAACGCACCGAGAGAGGGUGAGAGAAACAGUUCCAGCACGGCCAGCACCUUGGGCUCCAGCCACCGAGGCGUCAAACCUGCCACAAUCAGCAGGCGAAGCUCGAGUGCUGUGGCCAGGGGUUCCGCAGUCCUCACUCAUGAUGCCAAUGGGCAGCAGCCCGAGGGAGGCUUGACUACGCACUGCAGGAGCUGGCGCGAGUGUUAGCCCCACCUUCUCCCACCCCAGCAGGAUGGAGGGGCCCUGGGCACUGAGCUUCCUGCUGCUGGCCUGCCUGCUGCUGCCCGACUCCACGCUGAGCCAGCCCAGCCCCCCCGAGGAGGAGCAGGGACAGGCAACGCGGGCACCAUCCCACCGCCACGCUGCCAGGGCCGAACGAGACCACGAGAAAUAUCAUCGCAACCCGGACAAGCAGCCUCCCCGCUCCCAGUGCGUGCGCUGCUGCGACCCCCCAACUCACUCCUCUGUCUACCCCAUGUACCAGCCCCUGCCCCACAUCAACAUCACCAUCCUGAAAGGUGAGAAAGGAGACAGGGGCGAGCGAGGCCUGCAGGGAAAGUUUGGCAAAGCUGGAUCGGCAGGCAGCAGGGGCCACAUGGGGCCCAAGGGCCAGAAGGGAAGCAUCGGGGCCACGGGGGAGCCAUGCAAAAGUCAUUACGCUGCGUUCUCCGUGGGCCGCAAGAAACCUCUGCAUAGCAAUGACUACUACCAGACGCUGCUCUUCGACACCGAGUUUGUCAACCUCUAUGGCCACUUCAACAUGUUCACGGGCAAGUUCUACUGCUAUGUGCCUGGCAUCUACUACUUUGCACUCAACGUGCACACCUGGAACCAGAAGGAGACCUACCUGCACAUGGUGAAGAACGGGGUCGAGGUGGUGAUCCUCUAUGCCCAGCAGAGUGACCGGAGCAUCAUGCAGAGCCAGAGCGUCAUGCUGGAGCUGCAGGAGCAGGACGAGGUCUGGGUGCGUCUCUUCAAGGGCGAGCGGGAGAACGCAGUCUUCAGUGACGAGUACGACACCUACGUCACCUUCAGCGGCUACCUGAUCAAGCACAGCGGGGAGCCGUGACCCCAGGCCUGGGCUGUCUGGCUAGUCCUCCCCCGAGACCAUCACCCAUCUCCUGCUCUGCUCCUCUUUCUGGUGGCAGACCCCAUCGCAGACCGCCAAGCCCUGUCAUGCCUGUGCCCACUCCCUGCUUCCCUUCCUCAGCUGGGGCAUGACCCUCUCCAGGGUCGUCCUCUGUCAUUGCACAACGGUGCUCUCAUGCCGUCUGUGGCUGUUUACAUAUGGACAUGCCUCUCCCCCCCAUUCCUUGCUCAGAUAACUGGGAUGAGAUGUAUUGAGAGCGGGGGGACUUCCCCAGCCUCCCUGCUGGUGUGAUUUGUGAUAGGAAGAGCUAUUCCAGUGAGGGAAACAGGCCUUCCUCGGGCAGCAGAUGGCACGGGCUGGUAUUCAUUGGGAUGGGUGGGGUCUCUGCAUGGCCACCGCAGAAGCCAGUGCUGUGGCAAGGAGCCUCCCACAGGUGUGUGCUUUGGACACGUUUGCCUAGUGGCUAACAAAUCCGAGUCCUGGCACACACUUUUGCACCAGCUGAAGGUGUCCCGUUCUGGUACAGUUACGUGGGUGCAGAGGUGACCUCACGGCAGAAGCAGGAGUUGCUCAGCACCAAGCAGGUGCAGGGCUCCCUGCUGGGAAGAGACAGGGAAAUGGCAGCUCCCUGGAGGCAUCCGCUUCAUCCACAGGGACCCUGGGAUUUACAGGGUGCAGAGAUGCCAUCUAGCAGCAGCAGGUGCUGUAGGGACUGGCCUUGCUGGCUGCGAGUGGGGCCUGGGAGCAGCGUCACACAGCUCCCAAUAAACCCUCCUUCAACGUGGAGCUGGCAGAUUGACCUGCUGCAGCUUCCCCUUCCUGCUCUGCUCUGCUCCGCACCCACCCUCACGGGGUCCGGUCAGGGCAUGCCUCUGUGCAGGCUCUCGGGAUCCACGCCAGGGUGUCCUGCCAGCUGUGCUCUGCAUUGGAGUCCAACAAGGCCAUGAGACCCCAGACCCUGCCCCCAUUCAGGGCAUAGUGCUGAAUAGCCCUCACCCCAGCCCCGCACUCCUCAAUGGCUGAUGGUCACCACCCUAGCUGCUCCCCUGCAGCCGGGGAGCUGGUUCCAGCUGGUGGCACUGGUUGCAAUGGGCUUGGGCUUCAUCCCUCCUUCCUUGGUUAGUUCUGCUGGUCAGACUUUUUAUCUCUGUCGGUACAACACAGAGCGGGGCCGGGGCAACCUGCUGCGCCCCCACGCUCUCUGCACUGCUCUGUAAUCACAUUAAACGCUGAAAGGGCUGGAUUGCUA